AUGAUAAAGUCAAUCCCUAUUGAUCUCUUUCUGGAGAUAUUCUCCAGAUUACCUGCAAAGUCAGUCGCAAAGUGUGUUUUGGUGUCGAAGCAAUGGAAAUCCAUACUUUGCGGUCAAGAUUUCACAGAGUUGUUCCUCACCAGGUCCAGCACUCGUCCGCGUCUCUUAUUCGCUAUCAAAGAAUUUCAAAACAGCGAGCUGCACUUCUUCUCGUCUCCUCAGCCUCAAAAUCCGUAUGAGAAGUCGUCUCUUCUAGUAGUAUCCCCCGAUUCUCAUAUCAAGGUCCCCGAAGACACGUGUCGACAAUUUUGUGGUCAUGCCUCUGGUUUGAUGUAUAUCCAUGGUAAUUCGAUCUCAAACAAUAGCGUGCAUGUGAUAACUAACCCUAGCACGGGACAGUGUGCGAGCUUACCUAAACUGAAAACAAACGUACAUUCAAAAAGUUUGUUAGGGUUUGAUCCGAUUGACAAGCAAUUCAAGGUACUAAUGUUCGUUGAUAAUGGUAGCACUAGAAUUAUCACAUUAGGAACAGGAGAAAAGAGGUGGAGGGAGAUCCUAUACUCUUUUACCCAUCGUAGUCCCUUGAGUGGAGGGAUAUGCAUCAACGGGGUUUUGUAUUGCGUAGCUCAACGAACUUAUGAAAAGUCUUAUGAAAUAGUUUGCUUUGAUGUUAGGUUUGAGAAAUUCAACUUUAUUAACGCAGAACUCGUUUAUAGUGAGUUGAUCAACUAUAAGGGUAAAUUAGGUCGGGUUGGUUUGCGUCAUGUUGACACUGGUGGAAGCUAUACGAUUGAGCUGCGUUUGUUGGUUCUAGAAGAUGUCGAAAAAGGGGAAUGGUCAGAUAAUGUCUACUGUUUACGGGAUGAUAAAUUCCUUUAUGGCAGCAGUGGUUACCACUAUGUUGACGUAGCUGGAGCGACAGCUAUGGGUGACAUUGUUUUGUCGAUGAUAGAAACAUCUAAACGGCCGUUUUAUGUUUUCUACUUCAAUCCCGAAAGGAAGACUCUCCAAAGUGUUGAAAUCAAAGGUUUUGGAGAUAUGUUUGACGUUGGUAACAAUCGUGUUUACGCCUUUGUAGACCAUGCAGAGGAUUUUAGGUUUAACAUCAUCUAA